GUGUUGCCUUGAUUUUGUGUCAUACGUGUGUAUAAACUACAUGCUGUAUGUAUGUACACAUAAUUGUGUAUAAUUUUCGUAAUUGUAUGCUCAAGUGCGAUGUUGUAUUGGUGUGUUAUUCCCAUUUGAACUUAUUGCACGAAAAACAAAUAUAUAAAAAGAAAACGAAGAAAAACCCGCAACAUAUUCAGUUUAUAGGCACUGUGUCCAAUUGGAACAGCAAGGCGUACAUACAUAUACAUGCAUAAGUGUUGCAAAAUACGCAGUAACUGGCUAAAUUACAAGAGGAAAAACACCAACAGUGGGUAGAAGCGCGCGCGCGUAACCUGAAGCGAAAAUAACAGCAACAGCAAGAAAAAGAAGAAGAAAUAAACAGAAAAACCAAGGCUAACAGCAGCAUCUGAGCUUGGCAAUCACAGCAGGCGGGGCGGACCAGGCAGCCAGGAAGGCAGAGGCAAUCAAUCAAAGACAACAGCUCCCCAGGCAAAGCUAAAGCCAAUAGCAAACGCAAAGAAGAAGACCAGCAAGUAAAAGGCGACAGGGCGACAGGGCGAAAAGGCAACAAGGCGACAAGGCGAAAAGGCAAACAGGCAAACAGGCAGACAUCCUCCAACGUCCGCCCCACCCCACAGCGAUGGACUCGGAUAACGAUAACGAUUUCUUGGACAACGUGGAUUCCGGCAACGUAUCGUCCGGUGAUGAUGGCGACGAUGAUUUCGCCAUGGAGGUGGAUAUGCCCAGUUCGACGGAACGUCAAUUGGACACCGAUGAUUAUCAAUACAAGGUGUUAACCACAGAUGAGAUAGUUCAGUUUCAGCGCGAGAUAAUCGAUGAGGUUAAUCGUGUGCUAAAGCUCGUCACGCCGAUCACACGAAUAUUGCUGAAUCACUUUAAGUGGGACAAGGAGAAGCUGCUGGAGAAGUAUUUCGAUGGCAGCGAUGAUAAUACGGAAGAGUUCUUCAAAUGCGCACACGUCAUAAAUCCGUUUAACAAGCCAGCCGAGACGGUGCAGCAAAAGACAACACGGAGCCAGUGUGAGGAGUGCGAGAUAUGCUUCUCCUUGUUGCCGCCAGAUUCCAUGACCGGAUUGAAGUGCGGUCAUCGUUUUUGCCUGAACUGUUGGCGCGAGUAUCUGACAACGAAAAUCGUUACAGAGUGCUUGGGCCAGACCAUAUCGUGCGCCGCGCACGGCUGUGAUAUAUUGGUGGAUGAUGUGACUGUUACCAAACUGGUGCCGGAUGCGCGGGUUAAGGUUAAAUAUCAGCAGCUGAUCACCAAUAGUUUUGUUGAAUGCAAUCAACUGUUGCGCUGGUGUCCGUCCGUCGAUUGCACCUAUGCGGUUAAGGUGCCCUAUGCGGAGCCCCGUCGCGUCCAUUGCAAAUGCGGCCAUGUAUUUUGCUUUGCCUGCGGCGAAAACUGGCACGAUCCGGUCCAGUGCCGUUGGCUAAAGAAAUGGAUCAAGAAGUGCGACGAUGACUCGGAGACGUCCAAUUGGAUUGCGGCCAAUACCAAAGAGUGUCCCAAAUGCAGUGUUACCAUCGAAAAGGAUGGCGGCUGCAAUCAUAUGGUCUGCAAGAAUCAAAAUUGCAAGCACGACUUUUGCUGGGUCUGUCUCGGCUCCUGGGAGCCGCAUGGCUCCUCCUGGUACAAUUGCAAUCGCUAUGACGAGGAUGAGGCAAAGGCGGCGCGUGAUGCACAGGAAAAGCUGCGCUCUUCACUGGCCAGAUAUCUACAUUAUUACAAUCGCUACAUGAAUCACAUGCAAUCCAUGAAGUUCGAGAACAAAUUGUAUGCAUCUGUCAAGCAGAAAAUGGAGGAAAUGCAGCAGCACAACAUGUCCUGGAUUGAGGUGCAAUUCCUGAAAAAGGCUGUCGAUAUACUCUGCCAAUGUCGCCAGACCCUAAUGUACACAUACGUCUUUGCGUAUUACUUGAAAAAGAACAAUCAAUCCAUGAUAUUCGAGGAUAAUCAGAAGGAUUUGGAGUCGGCAACGGAGACGCUGUCCGAGUACUUGGAACGUGAUAUUACAUCCGAGAAUCUGGCUGAUAUUAAACAGAAAGUACAGGAUAAAUAUAGAUAUUGUGAGAAGCGCUGCACAGUUCUGCUCAAGCAUGUGCACGAGGGUUAUGAAAAGGAUUGGUGGGAUUAUACAGAAUGACGCGAGUCCUGGUUGGAUAACUAAAGGUGAUGCAAAAUGUGUAACCGAGUGUAACUAGCAAUUUGGCGUUAGCAGUAGCAGUAUCAGCUAGCAGUAAGCAUUAACAGCC